GGGGAGGGUCCCGCCCAGGCCGGGGUGGAGGCGGGGAAGUGACAGUGACAUCGGUGGCGCAUUGUGAGAGAAGCGGCGGUUGGACUUGAAGCCGGGCGGCGGGCGGGCGCGCGAGGAGUCACCAGGGCCGCUUGGAUUGGUAACCGGAGCCGGAGUCGAGACGCGAUGCCGCGAGGGGGUAAGCGAGGGCACAAGGGGCGAGCGAAGCAGUUCACAAACCCCGAGGAGAUCGAGGCACAGAUGAAAGUAGAGAAGGAAAAGGACAAGGAGGGAGCAGAGCGAGCGAGCGACAGUGAUUCUGAUGCUGAGAGUAGCGAAGACGAUUCAGAGCAUAAGAAGAAGGGAGUUGAAGGCCUGAUCGAGAUCGAGAACCCCAACCGAGUAACGCAGAAAAACAAGAAAGUCAAUAACCUGGACCUGAAUUCUCCUCAGCGGGAGCUCUCCAGGCGGGAAAGGGAAGAGAUCGAGAAACAGCAGGCGCGGGAGAGGUACAUGAAACUCCACCUCGAGGGCAAGACCGACCAGGCCCGCGCGGACCUGGCCCGGCUGGCCAUCAUCCGCAAACAGCGCGAGGACGCAGCCAAGAAGCGGGAGAAUGAGAAGAAAGCGAAAGAGUCAAAGUCCUAGCAAAACGUUCCUCGCUGCCGUUUCAUCUUGCACCACAGAA